CAUAUUUUUCGUUUAAAAAAUAAGAAAAGAGCCGAAAAGGGCUAAAAUUCUAAAACGCAUAUAACUUUGCAUUUGUUAGGUGAAAGGUUAAAACAAUUAAACAAGAGCAGUCAACCAUUUCUCUCUUCGAAACAGCAAAACAAAACCGUAGAGAGAGAGAGAUGUCGGACGAGGAGCAUCACUUCGAAUCCAAGGCGGACGCCGGCGCAUCCAAGACCUACCCUCAGCAAGCUGGCACCAUCCGCAAAAACGGUCACAUAGUCAUCAAGGGCAGGCCCUGCAAGGUUGUUGAAGUCUCUACUUCAAAAACCGGCAAGCAUGGACACGCCAAGUGUCACUUUGUGGCUAUUGACAUAUUCAAUGGCAAGAAGCUUGAAGAUAUUGUUCCAUCGUCCCACAACUGUGAUGUGCCUCAUGUGAACCGUACUGAUUAUCAGCUUAUAGACAUCUCCGAAGAUGGUUUUGUCUCUCUUCUGACUGAAAAUGGUAACACCAAAGAUGAUCUGAGGCUUCCUACCGAUGAAAAUCUGCUUUCUCAGAUUAAAAGUGGUUUUGAGGAAGGAAAGGACCUUGUGGUGUCUGUUAUGUGUGCUAUGGGAGAAGAGCAGAUCUGUGCCCUGAAGGACAUUGGUCCCAAGAAUUAAUAAACUAUAUUUCGCUUGUCUUUUUCUUAAUAUCUACAGAACCAAAACAAGAAUUCCUAUUAUGGUUCCUGUUCCAAAGUGUACUACUCUUCAAGUAUUUUUAUCUGGUUUUUGAGUGAUUAAAGUUAUAAAACAAUGACAAAACUUGGUUUUAUAUAACAGGCCUAUGUUAUUUGCUGUUUGUCAGUUUGGAUAUUUUUUGUUUCAUACGUAUGAUGGUAAAUGGUAGUAGCAUCAGGUUGGGAAAAUUUUAUGUGUACACAGCUUUUUAUCCAUAAUUGCAACAUUACGAGAGCAAUUGUUUUAAUUUCAAACUUACUAAAUGCAUGUAAUUU